AUGAGAAUUUUUUUCAUUCAUUUUUUUUAUUUGGGUCCACUUAUAUUUUUACUAGUAAAAUGUAUUAAUAAAAUACCCAGAGAAAUAAAAAAAAAUAACAUUUUAAUGUGUGACGCAUUAAAAAAACAAUGGGAAUUAUGGCGACCCUGGAAAAUAAAGUCACGCAAAAUUAAUACAUUUUUUUUAAAUAAUCAUGAUAAAAUGAUCUAUGCGUUUAACAGAGGUAUUGUGAAUGGGCAUAACUUCGUUCGAACACGCCAUAGAGGUACGCGUCUAUUUUCCACCGAAAAAGUUGGAAGAAUCAAAAUAAAAGAAUUGUAUAAUUUAGAAAUAAAUAAUUCUGAAAAAAAAAACUAUAAAAUAUGUGGAUGGAUUAAGUCUGUCCGAACAGUUGGGAAAAAUGGUUUUGCAUUUGUUGACAUUAACGAUGGAUCUCACUAUAAAAAUUUUCAAGUGGUUAUUGAUUCAGGAAUAUCAAAUUAUCAAAACCUUUUAAAGGCAUCAAGAGAUGAUGCUAUAGAAUGUUUUGGGGAAUUGAAAUGCCCAAUAGGAAAAAAACAAAAAGUGGAAUUGUCUGUUUAUGAUUCAGGAAAAAAACAUUAUAUAAAACUUUUUAAAGAAUUGAAUACCGACAAUUUAACUAGCAGCUCCAGUAAUUCAUCCAAUAACAAUAUUACCAAUACAAAUACAAAUACAAAUAAUGAAGAAAGAUGUAGUAUAAUUUAUGAUAAUGAAAAUAUGGGGGUGUUAAAAGGAGAAAAUCAUGAAAAAUAUGAAAAAAUUGAAGAAGAAAAAGGUGAAGCUGGACUUAAGGAUGUUUAUAUGAUCUCUAAAAAAUACCAUACAAAAGAAUAUUUAAGAAAUUUUCCACAUUUAAGAGGUAGAACAAAAUUAUAUAGUAGCAUAUUUCGGUUAAAGUCGGAUUUAAUUAUAGAAACAUUUAAUUAUUUUAAAAAAAAUAAUUAUACAUAUAUUAACACACCUAUAUUAACAAGCAAUGAUUGUGAAGGGGGGGGAGAAUUAUUUCAUGUUACUACCUCUCCAAAUAAAAAUAAAAAGGCAGAAAUCGAUACAGAAAACAUAAAUUUUAUAAAUGAAAAAAAUAAUAAUUUUGAUAAAAAAAAUAGUGAAAAAAAACAAUUUUUUAAAAAACCAUGUUAUUUAAAUGUGUCAAGCCAAUUGGCAUUGGAAUGUUUAUGUUGCUCUAUUGGAGAUGUAUUUACUAUAAAUCAAUCUUUUCGAGCAGAGAAUUCAAACACAUCUAGGCAUUUAAGUGAAUUUCUUAUGUUAGAAGUAGAACUAGCUUUUUCCAAUUUAAAUAAUAUUAUUUUCGAAUCAGAAAAAUAUAUUAAAGAAAUGAUUAAUUUUGUUUUAUGCAAGUCAGAAGAUAUUGAAUAUAUAAAUGAACAUCAUGAUCAAAAUCUUAAAAAAAAUUUAGAAGAAAUUUUAAAAAAAACAUUUAUAAUAAUAACAUAUGAAGAAGCAAUCCAAAUAUUGAAAAAAAGAGAUAAUUCCAAUGUUAAUAAUUUUGAUUUUUUAGAAUCAGAUAUAUCAUUUGAAGAUCAAAAAUAUCUUACAAAUAUAUAUUUUGAAUCUCCUAUAAUUAUUAUUAAUUACCCAAAUAGUAUAAAACCGUUUUAUAUGAAAUUAAAUGAUGAUAAAAAAACAGUUUCUUGCAUGGAUAUAAUUUUUCCAAAUGUUGGAGAAAUUGCAGGGGGGUCAGAAAGAGAAACAAAUUUAAAUAUAUUAAAAGACCAAAUGAAAAAAAAUAAAUUAAACAUUGAUUUAUAUAAUCCUUAUCUUGAAUUAAGAAAAUAUGGUAACAUUCCUCAUUCGGGAUUCGGAUUAGGAAUCGACCGAUUAAUUAUGUACAUUUUGUCGAUGUCUAACAUACGAGACAUUGUUCCAUUUCCUAGAUAUCCAAAUUAUCUCUUUAUGUGA